AUGGCCACCACAAAUACCAAUAACAAUGCAGACUCUACGUUGUGCAUUCAUCAUCACCAAAACUCCACUUCUUCAUCACAACUGCAUCAUUGCCAUCACGAACAAAAAUCUCAUUCCCAAGUCACUACCUCUACCGACAAACAAUUUAACAAUGUCACUAGUGCUAUUACUACAAGUAAUGCAAUUCAAGAUGAAAAUUCUCAUCACAACUUUGAUUGGGACGCACAAACUGAGGAAUGGAAUAUUAAUCAAUAUGGGUCAAACUUAGAUGAACGUUCCUCUCCGGAUAGACCCGUUGAAAGACAUGCUAGAUCGUCACCUAACGUUUCCUCUUGUAUAGAAUCACCGUGUUCUCCAAUAGAAAACAGCAGAAGACGCCUAAUUGAAAAGCAAAACAAGAUGAAAUUGUCUAGAAAGCACGAAAAAACGAAAAUAAUUAACAAAAUUAAGUCAUUUUAUGAAAUUGGGGAAUGGGAUGAGGAUGAUCAGGACUAUGAUGAUUUUUCUGAAGAAGAACAACCAUCAAAUAAUGUUCAAGAUCGAUCUCGAAUGAUGAUUAAUGAAGUUGAUGAACUUAUUGAACGACUGCUAGAAAUUAAAAGGAAUUUGGAGAGAAAUUGUAAAUAA